AUGAAGGGUGUUGUAUUCACUGCUGUUGGCGCAGAGCCCAAGGUUGUCGAUGAUCUUCCUGUACCAGUACCCGGACCUGAUCAAGUCUUGGUCAAGUCUAUCUGGACUGCUAUCAAUCCUGUGGAUGCGUUCAUGAGUCAAUACGGUCUUCUCGUUGUUAACUGGCCUCUUGUCCUAGGAGUCGAUGCUGCUGGUGUCAUCACCGAUUCCGGAAAUGAAGCAACAGAAAAGUAUGGACUCAAGGCUGGUGACGAAGUGUUCGGCUGCACCAGACUAGGUUGUAAAGGGUAUUCAGCUGGACAAGAAUAUUACCUGAUGGAUGCUCGCGUCACCAUCCCCAAACCGAAGAAUAUAUCUCUCGUGGAGGCAUCUACCUUGGGUGUUGGUGUGGAAACAGCAUGCUUAGGUUUGUUUGCAGGGCUCAAUAUUCCCCUUCCCGAUCCCAAGAAUCUUCCUGCAGCCUUGGACGAAUGGGUCGUCAUUCUAGGCGGCGCGAGUAGCGUUGGAAAGGCUGCUAUCCAAUUGGCAAAGGCAAGUGGCUACAAGGUUGCUGCAUCAUGCUCCAGCAAGUCUUCUUCUGUUGUCGAAGAGCUAGGCGCAGUUCCGUUUGACUACAAGGCUCCGCUCGAGGAACAAUUGAAGAAAGUCCUUGACAUCACAUCAGGCGAAGCCUCGAAAGUCUUUGAUGCGGUGGCUUCCGACGACCCAGCCAUUUGCAAGCAGUUAUUCAAGGCAAUAAAAGCCUCGGAUAAGUUCUUUGCGACAACCAAUGAUUGGAACCCAACAAUCCACGACUUUGAAGGUGGGAGAACUUACAAAGUUCAACUUGGAGAAAUUGGUCGACCUGAAGGUACAGAACUAAAUGACAAGAUCGAGAAGUACAUCCCACUCAUUGUCGCGUUGAUUGAGACCGGCAAACUGAAACCAAGCGAGUACGAGAUUAUUGGAAAGGGUGGCUUCGAUGAUGCUCUUAAAGCAUAUCAUCACCAGGUAUCGGGUGCAGGGGGCUCUCGCAAGGUGGUGGUCAAAAUUCAAGAUCCGUAG